CAAUUGUUCAGUCGUUGAUUCCGUUGUUCUCUCCCUUGCUGCUGUCAAAUCUACUGUUAUAGUCACUCUAAUAAAUAUAAAUACCUAUAAAUCACAAUAUAUUAUAUAUAGUAUACAGCUGUGCGAAUUUUCCCUUACAAACGUGUGCGUGCUCUUCGCUCAAGCAGCUUUGCUCGCCGCGAACACCGAAACGUUUCUCAGUCGUGUAUUACCGUUAGCAGCUGACAAGCCACGAUAGAACGCGUCGUGUUUAACAACAGUGUUGAGAGUUGCGAGAAGCUUGCAGAAUGCUGAAUACAAAAUGCUUAGAGUCCGAACAAAGUGAUUGUGUGAUGCCAGUACGUUCUGCUAAUCCGAUACGCGCUAGAAGUUUGAUCCGAGACAAUUUGGAGAAACAGGCUGGUUGUCUAAAUCUAAUACACUCCAGAAUGCCAAACAUUAAAGUGUUUUCGGGCACCUCGCAUCCGGAUUUGGCGCAACGUAUUGUCGAUCGCCUUGGCAUCGACCUGGGCAAAGUGGUCACCAAGAAGUUUAGCAAUUUGGAAACAUGUGUGGAGAUCGGCGAAUCGGUGCGCGGCGAAGAUGUUUACAUUGUGCAGUCCGGUUCUGGCGAGAUCAAUGAUAAUUUAAUGGAGCUGCUGAUCAUGAUCAAUGCAUGCAAGAUCGCUUCAGCCUCUCGUGUUACAGCUGUGAUUCCUUGCUUUCCAUAUGCCCGCCAAGACAAAAAAGAUAAGUUGGCGAGCAAUGAGGAGAAAGAGGAUAGCAAGAAACUUGCUAAGAAAAACUACGAUUGGAAAUUUAGGAGCCGUGCGCCCAUCUCGGCGAAACUGGUCGCUAAUAUGCUAUCAGUGGCCGGUGCGGAUCACAUUAUCACCAUGGAUCUACAUGCCUCACAGAUUCAGGGUUUCUUCGAUAUACCAGUUGAUAAUCUCUAUGCUGAGCCGGCGGUACUCAAAUGGAUCAAAGAGAACAUUCCAGAAUGGAAAAAUUCGAUCAUUGUAUCACCCGAUGCCGGCGGCGCCAAGCGUGUAACCUCGAUAGCGGAUCGCUUGAAUGUGGAAUUCGCGCUGAUACACAAGGAGCGCAAGAAGGCCAAUGAGGUGGCAUCGAUGGUGCUGGUUGGUGAUGUCAAGGAUAAGAUUGCCAUAUUGGUCGAUGAUAUGGCGGAUACGUGCGGCACAAUUGUUCAUGCCGCCGAUCGUUUGGUCGAGGCCGGCGCCACCAAGGUGUAUGCAAUCCUGACGCACGGCAUUUUCUCGGGUCCGGCGAUUUCGCGCAUCAACAAUGCCUGUUUCGAGGCGGUCGUUGUGACCAAUACCAUACCACAGGAUGGUCAUAUGCGCGAUUGCCCCAAGAUACAGUGCAUUGAUGUGUCGAUGAUGUUCGCCGAGGCCGUUAGACGGACACAUAAUGGCGAGAGUGUCUCGUAUCUCUUCUCAAAUGUUCCAUAUUAAGCGUUAGAUGCAAAUCCCAACAGCAACUACACAAACAAACAACAACAACAACAUCAACAACAACAAUAACAAACACCACCAGCAAACAACAUUACAACAACAAGAACAAGCAGGAAACAAUUACCAGUUGCAAAUUCAACAAAACAACAAUUUAAAGCACCUUUUGCCAUCAUUCAUCGUUAUAUAUUUUUUAUUACCUAUUAACUAUGAGAUAAACAUAUAACAAACAAAAAACAAAAUCACUAAUCGUCAUUAUGUAAUUAUAUAAAGUAGUAUAAAGUACAUAACAACAACAACAAUUGCACACUUAAUUGCCUUCUUUUUGUAUACAACCAAACAAAGAAACACGUUUUUCUUAUUUGUUAAUCUUUUUUCCUUGAAUAAUUGAAUAUCGCAUUUUGUAAAAGAUUAUCAGCUCUUAGAGAGACAGUUAGUUGUAUAGAAAAUAUGUAGUUAAAAAUACACAUAACACACACACACACACACACACACACGCACUCAUGUACACUCACUCACUCACACACACACACACACACACACACAAGAAACGAAAUAUUGUAAUUUUACACCGUGCAACAACUUUUUGAUGUUUCUUGAACAUAAGUCUUGAUGAGAAAAAAAAAAACAAAAAAAAUUACAAACCGAAAGCAAAAUUCUUGCAAGUUCAAAACAAACUAAAAUUUUAGUAAAAUUAAGUAAAUAAGAAAAGACAGAAACACAAUUGAAAAAAGCAAAUUAGCAACUAGGCGUUUAAAACAAAC